GACGAUUCGCCGGCCAAGCGGGUUAGGAGCUUUGCGGGCAAAACAUGACAGAUCGCGGGAGAUCCGUGCUGUACGUAUGUAUUUGUUUGUACGAGUACUGUACAGUUACGUCCCAGGUACCCAGGUACCCAGGUACAGGUACAGGUACAUCCGUAGUGUAUAGAGUACAGGCAUCCAUGGAUACAAACAUCCCUCUCGGUAAGUCGGACUCAGUUCCCCGCCUGUCCUGCGCCGUCGAUGAUGCGGAAUAUGCGAGACUCCAAACUAUAAUAAUAACUCUAACCCCUUCGCUCGGGUCAUGUACGAUGGGAGAAGAACCAAGUCGACCUGUCGCAGACGGAGGGACCCAAGGGACCUGUCGGCAGGUAUUGCUUGUGUACCGACCCGCUCGGGUAAAUCGCGAGGAGAGUCGUUGGGACCUUGGGAGUUGGAAGCGGACCGCCCAAAGUCAACCAGAAGCAGAGCAGGAGUGGACGGGCAGCUGUGAAUGGAGGACCGGCUGUGAUCCCCGUCCAAAACCCAUGGAAUGGAUCCCGAUCACCCACUGCCCCGUGAUCGAUUCUUGGCCGCGACUUGCCAGGCCAUUGGCUCCUUUUCUCGCACUCGCUCUCUCGCCGCAGUGUGAGACAUGAACAGCGAUCUCGGGAGUCUCCAAGGCGCGUCUGACUUGACUGCUGACCCACUUCGGGUACGGCAGCAACAGCAGCCGUGCUUCUUACGGAGUCGCUACGACGCAGUACUCCCCUCUGACACGAUCCUCCUGGACGCUGGAUGAUAAUCGUCAUGUCUGGUGGUAGUCAAGAUGACCUCACCAUCUCCCAUCCCCUCCGUUCCUUUCGUCCUGGCCCCUCAUCGCCUUCACCUAAUACGAACGGUCGGUGUUGGCAUCGUUUGGUGCU